AUGGAUAAAAUACCACAACCAACAUCUAUUUCUUCAAUUCAAAAAGGAUAUUCCAUUGAAGAGGAUAUUCAAAAUGAAGUUCAGGAUGAUGGAGAAAUGACUAAACCAAAAAUAAAGAAAGUUACCAAAAAGUUUCAUAAAAAAUUGAAUAAAAAUGUGACAGAAACAAUUGCUCCUAAACGGUUUGAAAUGGAAUAUGAUAAAUAUGAUCCAUUAGAUAUUUCACUAUUAAGCUUAAACUAA